GUGGCAAAGGAUUCCGAAGUUGCAAAGUCACGCGGUGUUGAGCUUGGUAGGGCACAAAGCUUCGCUGAACGUGUGCAGUGCUACGACGGGAAGGCAGCCGCCGAGGAAGUUCUGUCAAAGGAAAAGCAGGAUGCCAUGAUGGCAGUAGCCAAAGCCAAGGAGGAUGAGAAACCGGGCCACGGCCGGGGCGGUCGUGGAAGGGGGGGCAGGGGAAGGGGUGGAAGAGGACGUGGCCAAAAGUCGACCGAAAACACGGGUGAGCAAGAGGAGGAACAACCCGUGCCCCCCUCCAACAGCAAGAAGCCCAAGGCUGCCCAGCCCGCCAAGGCAAACGGGACCCAGCAUGCAGAGGAGAAUGGAUCGGAAGCCGAGGCGACCGAAGCUAAGCCCCCCAAGACCAAACCCUCGAGUUCCAAGGCUGCCAAGAAGCAAGCUGCUGUCUCGACCGAAGCCCAGCCCGCCAAAGCCAGGAAAACCAAGGCUGCAAAGGACAACGGGGAAACCAAGGCUGCAAAGGACAACGGACCGGAAGCCGCUGUCGCCGCCCAAGCCCGGCCCUCCAAGAGGACCAAGGCUGCAAAGGACAACGAACCAGAAGGCGCUGUGGCGGCCGAAGCCCGGCCCGCCAAGAGGACCAAGGCAGCAAAGGACAAUGCUGUGGCGACCGAAGCCAAGAGGGCCAAGCUUGCAAAGGAGAGUGCGCCAGAAGCCGCAGCCGAAGCCGAGGUCCCCAAGCCCAAGAGGGCAUCGGGAUCAGAACCGAAAAGGUCCAAGAAGAACGAUGCCAAGGAGCCGAGCUCGACCAUUCGGGGCACAGUGGCUUCCACGAGCCACGAUGGGUCGGGUCCCGACAGGAAAGCUGCACGCAAGGCUAUCCGAGACGGGUUGGACAUGCCUGUGUAUUGCUUUGUCGACAUCGACUUCUAUUGGAGUCGCAAUGCCAUGGGAUGCAAGCUUCGCAACUGCUGGAGUAUCGACGACCGAG